AUGGCGGUGCAAAAGGGCCAGCUUUUUGCCAAUUGGACCACCAGGAAGCAGAUAGUGGUCUCAUGGUCCCUCAUUCUCUCUGUGACGAUAAUACACUCGCUAGUCCCCCUUGUACGAUCGUAUACCAGACUCUUCUAUGAGUUACCUUAUGCUCAAGCCAAUGGACAAUACAUCCAGGGAUCCGACGAUGCGCUUUUCGUCCUCGGCUGGCUCGUCUUGAUGACGGCCAUAAGAGCUACAAUCAUUGGGUGCGUCUACGAGUUUGUCACACGGCUUCGCGUCAUGUCCCGCAAAGCAAGCAUGCGCUUUGCCGAGCAGGCAUUCCUCCUUACAUACGACUUCACCUCCUUCUCAAUGGGCAUGAACAUCCUCGUAAAUUCUUCAUACUGGCUCAACUUCGAAGAACUAUGGUCCACCUGGCCGUCUCGUGAAAUAUCUGGAGAGCUCAAAUGGUACUACCUGGUCCAGCUCGCCUUCUGGCUGCAACAGCUCCUCGCCAUCAACCUGGAAAAACGAAGAAAGGAUUUUGGGCAGAUGUUCCUCCACCAUUGUGUGACGAGUUUCUUGAUGUACGUCGCAUACGCCUAUCGCUGGACGAACGUCGGCAAUGUCAUUUUGUGCAUUAUGGACGUGGUUGAUUUCUUGCUGCCGCUUGCGAAAAUGCUCAAAUAUUUGCACUUCGAAGCUGCCUGCAACACCAUGUUCGGCAUCUUCUUGACAACCUGGCUCGUCGCGCGCCACGGUAUCUACGUCAAACUAUGCUGGUCUAUAUAUCGUGAUGUUCCUCGCGUCAUGCCCUUUGCGUGUUAUUCGGGAGAAACCAUGGAAUUGGAGACAGAUCCGAGCAAGCUGAGUAGAUGGAGGUACUUUGAUCCGUUCUUUGAUCAGAAGGGAACGAUAUGCCUCGACAGGAACGUCAAAUCAAUAUUCCUGGGCCUGCUGCUGAUGCUGCAAGUGCUGAGCAUUGUUUGGUUCGGGAUGAUUAUCAAGGUGGCAUUGAGCAUGUUGAAUGGCGAGGGCGCAAGUGAUACCCGCAGCGGCGACGAAGAUGAGGGUGGAGAGGACGAAGAAGAAGAAGAAGAGGAGGAGGAGUGCGAAGCACGCUCGAAUGGCAAGCCGACCCAGUCUGCAAACGGUAAGGCCAAGGCCUCUGGCAGCGAGGCGCCUUCACGCCAGACCGGACUCUUCCAGAGAGGCGGGAUACGGGUCCCCGGGUCGAGGGAUAGGAAAGAGCUGAUUGGUCGGGUGGGGUGCAAUGGAUGA